AUGCCACAUAUUCUGGAUCUGGACCUCGCAGUACUUGCCUUGAUCCAAAGCUGGUUGAGCCGACGAGACCUGGUAAUAUUAUCAUCCACAUGCCGGGCGCUCAGAGCCCUCCUGCGCAUCACCAUCUUUGCCUCCUGCCGCUGGAUAGAUGAUAGGGAACCUCCAAAAAGUAUAUGGCCGCUCAUAAGGGAGUUGCGUGUCUGCAGCGAAGCUAUCAAUGGCGUCCACUACUCGGCGUUCUUCCGGGAUCUGAGCAACAUCACUUCCGUCUGCGUUUGUGGCGAAACAAUCACAGACGAGAUAGCUUUCAUCCUCGCUUCUACACCUCAGCUUGUGUGUCUUGAUCUCUCUUCUCUCGGCAGGCGCAGCGGAGACGCCGCACUUGCUUGGGAGACGCUGCCAGAAUUUCCUAUGCUAUGCUGCCAACCCCGCGUCAUCAAGUUCUGUUCCUCUCAUGGGCCUUCUUACCUCAAGUUCAGCCAUCAGUCAAUCUGCGAGAAGAAGUCGUACGCGACUCGCUGGGCAUUCAUGACUUUGCUACAUGAGGCAGACAUCUCCUACGUCGAGGAGCUCGAGGUCGGCACAGAGGCCCUGAGUAUUCCAUGCGUCGCAACGUAUACAUGGAACUCACUGCAAAGGCUCACCGUGACUGGCUUCUGGCUACGCCCAUCAGACACCUUAACAAACCUUGCGGACCUCCACGUACAUCUAGGGACGCUAUUGAUAUCUGCGCCUCAUCUACGUGUCCUACGCAUCCUCUGCCGUUUUGCGGACUGGCUUGCACAUCCACACUGCGUUGCAUGGCCCGCGGAGGAGGCGCGGCCGCCGACCGGUAGCGCUGUACCCGCGCUCGAAGAACUCGAUUUGCGCAACCCCGCUCCUGAUGAAGGGUUGCUGAUCCAGUUGCCGCGGACGCUCCGAGCCCUGACGCUCAUGACAUACCCUCACCUCACCAAUAGCCUCAACCCCCCGCAAGACUGGGCGCUAGCAGAAACGGCUCCUCUCUGUGGGACCCGCACUCCGGAGGAAUGGAUUUCUUUCCUGGACGCAGUGGCACUGCCAGAGUUGAGGAUGCUACGACUAUCGUUUCGGAUGCUCAGGGAUAUGGCACUCUUCCAAUGCAUCGCGACGCGCUGUCCGAAGCUUGAGCUACUGGAAGUGCAUGGGGAAAUUGGGCCAGGCUGUCUUUGGACGGCGGAGCAGCUGUAUCAAUUUGCUGAAGCGCUCAUUCCGCUCACCAAUCUGCGAUGUCUGCACGUCAAUACGUUCAACGACGUGUUUGCCGAAGAACUCCCGCCGCCGCUGCCAUCCUGGUUAUCCUACGCCGACUUACAGAGUCUCUCGAUGCCUUAUAGCGGAAACAUCAGCGAGAAAGACGUCGUUCGCGCCUUCGCCCAGUUGACAUCGGUCUCCGAACUUUGGUUGCCGAAAAGCAUCCCUCUCGUCAGGAGACGCGCCCGAACGCAGCGCUACAGACGUGUCUGGCAGGCAUAUCGCCUUCUCAGGGACGACGGUAUGGUGCAGAUUCGUGCCGAGCCAGGUAUAAUCGAGUGCCCAAGGGAGCGUAAUCUGGAACUUCACUGGGCCGCCAACGGCGAAAUGACCGGAGGAAGUUUCCGCGGAGAGCCUGAAAUGUUUGGGGUCACGAUGGACGACGAUGUCUACGUCCUGGCCCUGGGUCACACGUCGAGCAAGUACUUGAGUUCAACGCACAGCAGGCAGCUCACACAUCGUCCCCACCUUUUCCAAAUCGAACCCAGGGAAAGUGAGGUCGUCGCCGAGAGGCUGAGCGCGCGCGGGCCCGACGGUUGCGAACCGCCAGGUAAUGCGCUUGAGCUCGGGAAAGCCCUCCCGUUCUGCGAGAUCGAUACAGACCAUACAUACCUGCAUUCUGAAUUCUUCCACGAUCUCCGCCAGCUGCAGUCCCUCGCCAUACACGCGCAGGGGGUAUCGGCGAAUAUGCUCAAUCUCCUUGAUGCAGCGUCACGAAUUGACGUGCUCGACCUGUCCUACAUGUGCUACCGUCCCAGAAACUGCGGCUAUGCUUUGCACUACGAGGAAUUUCCGGGCUUCUGCUCGCUGAAAUGCCAUCCACGUGUGCUGAAGUUCUGUUCGCGAUUGGGACAGCAGUACCUCAACAACGCCGAUGACAUCCGAAUGUACGAGAGCCGGAUACGCGCUCUACGUUAUCCACUUGCUACUCUUCUGCACGAAAUCGGCGUUGAGCAAAUUGAGGUACUGGAAACCAGCGCCGAAGCGCUUUGUCUACCUCUGGCCACUUCAUAUAUAUGGUCCUCCCUUCGACGCCUCGUUAUCACUGGAUUUUGGCCGGAUCCACUGGAGCGCCUUGAAGUACUCGAUGACCCGAAUACGGAGACUCCGGCAUGGAUAUAUAAGUACGUCCACCUCGGCACACUUCUGGUUGCGGCCCCCAAUAUCCGGGUCCUCAUCAUACGCUGCCAAUAUGCAGAUUGGCUACGGUACCCACAGUGCGUAGUCUGGCCGCACGGUGAUCCUGCGUAUGGUUCAUGCGUACCUUUGCUCGAGGAGUUUGAACUCUACAAUCCAGCCGCUCGAGAUGGGAUCUUCUCCCAGCUCCCGCCUUCCCUGCGUCAACUUUCGCUGCUUCUCCUACCGCAUCUCAUCAAGAAUACGAGCAUAGACAUGGAGGCGGCGCUCAGCGUCACCGAUGCGUCUGUAGCUCAUAACGCUCUCCUUCCUUCCGCUCUGAUAAAUGUCCUGUCGUCCGCGCCGUUGCCAGAUCUACGGCAGCUACGCUUCUCCUUUCGCGGACCUACGGACAUGCGACUCUUCGAAACGAUCGCGACGCUCUUCCCGCGACUCGAAUUGUUGGAGUUCCACGCAGAGAUAGGACCGGGCUGUCUAUGGUCGGCGCGAGACCUGUCCCAGUGCGCACGCGCACUGUCCCCGCUAGCUCAUCUUCGUGAGCUGCACAUGGAUACGUUUGCCGGAAUCGUAGACGACGUGGGUAGAUGGCCAAAACGACUCCGAGGAAUGGUCGGGAGGGCCCCAGCCUGCGAAGGCAUACCCCGUCAGGACGUCGUCAAGGCACUGUUCGGGCCGUUGAAGACAGUGGAGAUGCUGUGGCUUCCGGAUAUGCGCGUCACAAUGACAAACCGCGGUCGUACCCGCGAAUACUACAGCAGGGAAUGGCGCGUCUUCAGCGUGAAUCGAGGCAGAGGGAAACGUCCGCGCUUGACUGAACUGGAUCUGAUAGCUAAAAUGCAUACUCAUGAUACAGAUUGA